GCUCUGUUUGCCUGUCUGGCAGAGGCAGGGGAACAGUCGGUGUUCAAGAAGCUGCUGAGCAAAGUGAAGGAUGCUCAGACCCUGGCUGCUCAGACCCUUGUGUCUUUACUGAAGCUGUUUCAAGACACGAAUCCCACGCUGAGAGCGGCUUUGCUGGAGAGGGAAGGGGGCAGCACAGAAGCCGUGGAGCAAACAGAGAGCACAGACGAGGGAGAGUCGCUGACCGCUCGCUUGCUGGGACGCAGGGAGGAGCUGAUCCAGAGCGUGACACAGCUGAGCCCCAUCGUAGAGUUCCUGGAGGCGGCAGAAGAGGGAUUCCUGACUGCCUCGGAGAAGCGGGUGGUUUUGGAUUGCUGUGAAGGUGUCUCUCAGAGGGAAGCCAUGGACAAUCUGCUCAGGAAGGUGGAUGAAGAGAAAACCCUGAAAGCAGAAAGUUUGGUCAAACUUUUGGGGUCUGUGAAAGCAUCAUUCCCUGGUCUCCAGCUUGUGCUAGACAACUUGAUGACAACAGCAAACGUCUCUGAUGGCAAAGCCAAAUGGAGCCCAGAGGAUUAUGGAGCCAAACUGUUGAGACGAUACCGAGAAAACUUAGUGGAGCUCCUCACAGACACCCAGAUGCUGCUGCAGGGUAUCUCUGCUGCACAGAGCCUGGCUCCUGCUGAGAGAGAGGCAAUGGAGCAGGUUGUCAAGCGUGAGGCCGGCGGUUUUGCCUCCCUCAUGUCAGCAGCGCUGGAGGAGCAGUCUCUGUCGGUCUCUGCCAUUUGGCAGCUGCUGCUGGCUGUGCGGGAACCUGCACCACUGAACCUGCUCAUGGAGGAGAUACGGAAACAACCCGGCGCAGAGUUUUUCUUCCAAGCAGUGGCCACCAGUGAGAGCACAGCCAUUGAGAUCAUCCUGCGGCACAGCAAGCUGAUCUCGGAGGCCAUCCAGCAGAGAGCGGACCUGGAGGGCUUGGCUCCGGGGGAGGCGGGACUCACGGAAGCAGUAAAAGAGCUGCUGAGUAUUUCUGCUCAGAAGGAGAGUUCAGAGGCCUCCUUGAAAGCAGCUCUGAGCACAGCCCAGAAGAAGUCUGUCCUGGCCAUCAAGAUCUGUCAGCUGCUGUGCAAUGUCCAUGAGUCCUUCCCAGACCUGCAGCCAGUGAUGCAGGAGCUGGGGCAUGUGGGUCUCUUGACUGAGGGAAGUGGGGAGAAACCUGGGAUCAAGAAGUGGAAGGUGAACAGUGAAUCCCAAGUUGAAGCUCUGGACAAAGAUGAGGACAAAGUGGGAGGUGCCAGUGCCAAGGAACUGAAGGAACACCAAGAAAAAGCUUCUUCCAAGAAGAGUUUUGUCUGCAAAGCCUGUGACAAGACCUUCCACUUCUACUGCCGCCUGAAGGUGCACAUGAAACGUUGUCGGGUGGCCAGAGGAAAGCAAAUCCAGUGCAAGGAGUGCAGCGAGGUCAAAUCGACAAAGAAGGAGCUGGAGAAGCAUCAACUGGAGGUCCAUGGGGUGCUGGGGACAGCCAAGAAGAAGAAGAAGAGGCUACCCGUGGCAUGUGACAUCUGUGGCCGAGAGUUUGCUCAUGCCUCAGGGAUGCAGUAUCACAAGCUGACGGAGCACUUCGACGAGAAGCCCUUCUCCUGCGAGGAGUGUGGGGCCAAGUUCGCAGCCAACUCCACGCUGAAGAACCACCUGCGGCUGCACACGGGGGACCGGCCCUUCAUGUGCAAGCAUUGCCUGAUGACCUUCAUGCAGGCCUCAGCCCUCGCCUACCACACCAAGAAGAAGCACGCUGAGGGGAAGAUGUACGCCUGCCAGUACUGUGACGCCGUGUUUGCCCAGUCCAUCGAGCUGUCACGCCAUGUCCGGACUCACACGGGGGACAAGCCGUACGUCUGCCGGGAGUGUGGGAAAGGCUUUCGCCAGGCCAAUGGGCUCUCCAUCCACCUCCGGACCUUCCACAACAUCGAAGAUCCCUAUGACUGCAAGAAGUGCCGGAUGAGUUUUGCCACGCUGCAGGAGCACCGCAAGCACGUCCACGAAGCCCACUCCCGGGAGUACCACCCCUGCCCUACCUGCUCUAAAGUCUUCAGCGCCCCAUCGCUCCUGGAGCGCCACAUGGUGACCCACGUCGGAGGAAAGCCCUUUAGCUGUGAGAUCUGUGACAAAGCUUACCAGCAGUUGUCAGGGUUAUGGUAUCACAACCGGACCCACCACCCUGAUGUCUUUGCAGCUCAGAAUCACCGCUCCUCCAAGUUCUCCUCCCUGCAGUGCAGCUCCUGUGAGAAAACCUUCUCCAGCACUGCUGCUCACCGAAAGCAUGUCAAGGCAGAGCACACAGAUGUGAAGUUUCAUGAGUGCGAGACGUGCAAGGAGCUCUUCCCCACGCUGGCUCUCCUGCAAGUCCAUGUGAAGUGCAGGCACUCAGGCUCCCAGCCGUUUCGCUGCUUGUACUGCUCAGCAUCCUUCCGCUUCCCAGGCGCCCUGCAGAACCACGUCACCACCGAGCACUUCAGGGAGACGGAGAGCACCUUCACCUGCGAGCUCUGUGGGGAGCUCUUCCCCUCCCAGGGCGAGCUGGAGGGGCACUACAGUGCUGAGCAUCCCAAGGUGGUCUUCUCCCAAGCCACCACAGCCCAGAUUGUGCAGGUGAUUCAGACGUCUGAGCAAGAAGCAGCAGAGCACAUCAUCUCUUUUGAUGAGGCCCAACUCACUGGCUCCCAAGUCUUUGUGACAUUGCCCGAAUCCCAAGUGAGCCAAGCUGGCUCCGAGCUGGUGGCAGUGACCAUGGAGGACUUGUUUGAUGAUAAAGUCACUCUCAUUUGUGAAGAAACCAAGUGA